GCUUCUUCUUUAUUUUGGACAACCACGACCAUAAUAUUACUCAAUAAUUAUAUAUUCCUUUUUAGCUGAGAUAUUAUAAAGGAGGGUAGGUUUUUUCUUUUUAAUAGUUAUCACGAGAACCUCACAAAAAUACGCGGCAAGGAGAGAGAGAGAGAGCGGUGGAGUCGUAAGUUUGCGUAGGAGAUAACGUCUUUUUCCCGUCGUCGGAGACGGAGGUUAUGCCUUUUGGCUCUUGAGGUUAUAUUAAGCUUUCAUUUCUAGUGCCUUUGAGAUAUGGAACAAGAUUACAUCUGCUCAGGCUGCUACCAGUUUCGGGUUUCUUCAUUGCAAGAAGCACUCGAUUUGCGGUUUCUUGCGCUCUCUGGUUUCCUUGGUGGCUCUUUCGUCAACUGCACUUAGUGGGCUCAUGUCUGCAAGUUAUCGCUUCUUCGCAUAGUCCUGAAGCCUCAUCUAAACCUGGUCCUUUCAGUAAAAAAACUGUCUUAGUCCCCUAUUCCAUCAUGUCUGGUUCUUAUGGGAGCUGACUAACGAAGGAUGUACAAGCUUCUUUUCAAGUUUUGACAUGUCGUAGCUUUGAUAGUCUUUUCCUAGAGUCUCUGAACGUUCCUUCCUGUUGGUUCAUUGCGUCUUCCAGUCCUCAAUAUGUUUUGCCUUCUUCUCUUGGUGUCUUUCUUUUGCCUUGCUGGUCAACCGAGUGAUUUUCAAAGUAAAUAGCGACCAGCCUACCCAGCGGGAGAAACUUUGAGUUUGCUACUAUACGAACAACUGGAAACUGAAAUUAUACAUUACAGACAAAAAAUAAAGGAGAUACUUUACUUCACUGUAGAGGGGAUGGAGAGGUAUAAUUUAAUCAAAGAAGUUGGUGAUGGAACUUUUGGGAAUGUUUGGCGAGCUGUCAAUAAACAGGCGGGUGAAGUUGUUGCAAUUAAAAAAAUGAAGAAGAAGUAUUUCUCUUGGGAAGAAUGUAUGAAUCUGAGGGAAGUGAAGUCACUUAGCAGAAUGAAUCAUCCAAACAUUGUAAAGCUGAAGGAAGUCAUCCGGGAGAAUGAUAUCCUAUACUUUGUGUUCGAGUACAUGGAGUGCAAUCUUUACCAGCUUAUGAAGGAUCGUCCUAAGCUUUUUGCGGAAUCUGAUGUCAGAAAUUGGUGCUUUCAAGUCUUCCAAGGCCUUUCUUACAUGCAUCAGCGUGGAUACUUCCACCGUGAUCUUAAGCCAGAAAAUCUAUUAGUCUCUAAAGAUGUCAUUAAGAUUGCUGAUCUUGGCCUGGCCCGGGAGAUUGAUUCGAGUCCACCUUAUACAGAGUAUGUCUCGACACGCUGGUACAGGGCACCUGAAGUACUGCUACAGUCGUAUGUGUACACGUCAAAAGUUGAUAUGUGGGCAAUGGGCGCUAUUCUGGCUGAGCUGUUGUCUCUUCGCCCUCUCUUCCCUGGAGCUAGUGAAGCAGAUGAGAUCUAUAAAAUCUGUAGUGUGGUAGGUAGCCCAACUGAAGAGACAUGGUUGGAGGGACUUAAUCUUGCUAGCGUCAUCAAUUACCAAUUCCCUCAGCUUCCGGGUGUACACCUCUCAAGCUUGAUGCCAUAUGCUACUGCAGAGGCCGUUAACCUUGUUGAGCGUCUCUGUUCAUGGGAUCCCUGUGAUAGGCCGACUGCUGCAGAGGCUUUGCAGCAUCCGUUCUUCCAGAGUUGCUACUAUGUUCCACCAUCUCUCCGUGCCAAACCGUCUGUUGGACAGAGAGGGUCUCUCGAGCAUCAGCAGCAAUCCGUCAAGAGGUUGCCAGCGACUUUGACCUGUACUGCUAAUAAUAAUAAGGCGUUCAACAGUUAUGCUACUCCAAAGGCGAAUGCUCUUCCUUACGGUGCUUGUCAGACCCAGAGGAAGCAGGAGAUGUCUAAUAAGAUUAACCAGGAGACAUCAUGGAACAGCAAACCUGUGGGAAGUUAUAAUGUCAGAGAUGCUAAGUAUAUACCACCACCUGGAAGGAAGAGUCCUCCAUCAAUGAACAAGAAGUGGGUCUUUCCUCGUGGGCCAUCAGAGAAUGCAAAUAAACUGGCAAAUGCUGCGGUGGGAGGUGGAAGAUGGAGUCAAAGGCAGACACAACAACCGGCAAUGAAGGCAGGGUGGGUGGGGGAUAGUGGUGACAUGUUUCUCAGACCUACACAGCCUCCCAAUCCCUACUCUAGGAGAAUUGCUGGUUAAUGGUCCAAGGGUCUUUCCUAUGACCCCACACCCAUCGUCAUCUACUACUACCCGAGAGUCCAAGUCGAAAGUUUGAAGACUGUUGAUUGCCUUUUAUUUGUGUUUCUUCUUCCAAAACUCUUGUUUAUCUAUGGAUCUUUCGUCGUUCUGUUCUUUAUGUUCUUGACGUUUUGAAUUCAAGUGUCUGUGUAUGGAGUAUUCUUUUCAUUUUCACAAUGAAGCUCUCGACUUUUGGACCAA